AUUUACUCAUUUUAUUUCUUUUUUUUCCUCUUCAUUUCAGGGCAGAAAAAACAGAAGUGCUGAGUGAAGACCUGCUACAGGUGGAGAAGCGGCUGGAGCUGGUGAAGCAGGUGUCCCACAGCACCCACAAGAAGCUGACCACCUGCCUGCAGGGCCAGCAAGGGGUGGACGUGGACAAGCGCUCGGUCCGCUCGCCCUCGAAGAAGCUGCCACUGAGCACUCUGGCCCAAUGUCUGGUGGAGGGAGCCUCAGUGCUGGGAGACGACUCUCUGCUUGGGAAGAUGCUGAAGAUGUGUGGGGACACGGAGGACAGGCUGGCCCAGGAGCUGAUCCUGUUUGAGCUGCAGAUCGAGAGCGACGUCAUCGAGCCCCUCUACGACCUCGCUGAGGUGGAAAUCCCCAGCAUUCAGAAACAGAGGAAGCACUUAGCCAAGCUGGUCCUGGACAUGGACUCCGCCCGCACGCGGUGGCAUCAGUCCUCUAAGUCCUCGGGUUUGUCCAGCAACCUGCAGCCCUCAGGAGCCAAGGCCGACGCCCUAAGGGAGGAGAUGGAGGAAGCAGCCAAUCGCAUGGAGAUCUGCAGGGAUCAGUUAUCAGCGGAUAUGUACAACUUCGUGGCCAAAGAAAUAGACUAUGCAAACUACUUUCAGAUGCUCAUCGAAGUGCAGGCCGAGUAUCACAGGAGGUCGCUGGAGAUCCUGCAGAACGUCCUGCCCCAGAUCAAGGCCCACCAGGAGGCCUGGGUGGAGAAGCCCUGCUAUGGGAAGCCCCUGGAGGAGCACCUGUCCAUCAGUGGCAGGGACAUCGCCUUCCCCAUCGAGGCGUGUGUGACCAUGCUGCUGGAGUGUGGCAUGCAGGAGGAGGGCCUGUUCAGGGUGGCCCCCUCGGCCUCUAAACUGAAGAAGCUGAAAGCCUCUCUGGACUGCGGGGUCCUGGACGUGCAGGAGUACUCGGCCGACCCCCACGCCAUCGCAGGUGCUCUGAAGUCAUACCUGCGUGAGCUUCCUGAGCCUCUGAUGACGUUUGAGCUGUAUGAAGAGUGGAUCCAAGCCUCCAACAUUCAGGACCAAGAUAAGAGGCUGCAGGCCCUGCUCAGUGCGUGCGAGAAGCUGCCCGAAGCCAAUGGCAACAAUUUCAGAUAUUUGAUCAAGUUCCUGGCCAAGCUAAACGAGCACCAGGACGCAAACAAGAUGACCCCCGGCAACAUCGCCAUCGUUCUGGGGCCCAACCUGCUGUGGGCCAACACCGAAGGGAACAUCACGGAGAUGAUGACCACCGUGUCCCUGCAGAUCGUGGGCAUUAUCGAGCCCAUCAUCCAGCAUGCUGAUUGGUUCUUCCCUGGAGAGAUUGAGUUCAACGUGACUGGUAACUACGGCAGUCCUGUCCACACCAACCACAAUGCCAACUACAGCUCCAUGCCAUCGCCGGACAUGGACCACGCCGACCGCAGGCAGCACGAUCAGGGCCGCCGCCCCCUCAGCGUCGCCACGGACAACAUGAUGCUGGAGUUCUACAAGAAGGACGGCAUCAGGAAGAUCCAAAGCAUGGGCGUGCGGGUGAUGGACACGUCUUGGGUGUCCCGCAGGGGCUCGUCCGUAGUGCGUAAGACGUCCUCCACCCCCCCGAGCGUGCAGCCCCCCGCCCCGCCCGCCGACUCGCUCAUCCCCGAGCAGCCGGGCGAGCUGUCCACCUCCCCCUCCCCCACGCCUCCUCCCGCUAGCGGAGAUCGCGGCAGCUCGGAUGAUGCUUCGUCGUCCAAUUGGUCGGACUCCUGUUACGUCUACCCUUCCCCAGAGGAAGAGAGACCGCCCCCUCCCUACCCCGCAACCUCCUCCUCCUCCUCCUCCUCCUGCUACCCCCCUCCCUACCAUUUCUACCCCAAAGCACAGCCCUGCUCCAGGCCCGUAGCCCCCGGGCCCGAAUCCGUGCCCCCGGGUCCUUCCCCUCCCCCCUCUGACUGGACCGUCCACGCCUCCCCCCUCCCGCCUCCGUCCUGCCCCCCCUGCCAGCAGUUGGACAUCAACUCUAACCCCAAACCCGGCUCCCUGCACAACUCCAAACAGGGCGCCCCCUCCGAGCCCCCGCAUGCCCUCCCGUACGAAACUAACGUCUCACCCCCCUACAUCAAAACCCCACUGGCCCUAACCCGACACGACCCGUCCCUCUGCAACCCCCCUAGCCUCCCCCCGUUCGCCCCCUCGCAGUGGGCCACAGGUGCCUGUAGCCGAGACAGAGGACCCACCCUGACUAGUACGUUGAAGAACAAAGAGUUGUCUCCUGUGAUUGGGCAGAAGGCUGUCCAGAUCGUGGGUCCUUCGACCAAUAGCGGCCAGGCCAAUGACCAGAGCCCUCUCUCCCUACGCAAAGCAAACAAAAAACUGGCCCCCACCCCGCCAAAGGUGGGUCAGUCUGGAGGGGUGUCGGACCAAUCGACAGGUCAGCCCUCUCCGGUCAGCCUAUCGCCCACCCCUCCCAGCACCCCCUCCCCGUACGGAUUCAGCUACCCCCAGGGGUACGCAACCAUCGCCUCCCCGGGAGGGGCCUCGUCGGGGACCACCGCCUCCCUGUCCUCCCCCCCGUCCCUGUCCGGCACGCUCACCAAAUCCCGUCCCACCCCCAAACCCCGGCAGAGGCCAAGCCUGCCCCCGCCCCAGCCACCCAGCACCCCCGGACUGCCCAGCUCUUCCCCCCAGCCUCUGGAGCACGGCCUACUGGAUGGACUGUCUCCUGGGGAGAGCAUGAGCACAGAUUUUCCCUUCGACCUGGAAAUUCCCACCAUCAGUGUGGAACUGGACGGGCUGCUGGACGAACCCUUGGGCGACCCCGACAGGAACUCUGUGGCGGUGGCAGACCCCCCCGGCAAGACCGAGCCUGAGGAGGAUACUGAGAUCACAGCACUAUGACACCAUGACAUGCCCCGCCCCCCUGUUCCCUGGCCCCGCCCCCUGCCCCAAUGCCCUGAUGCUCUACCCCCCCCCCCCCACUCAGCCCUCAGGAGAUUCCCUCCAAUCCCCAGCUGUACAUAAGAGACACUCUACUACUGAGGUAUUGGCACGACUGGGCAGCAGCAGAACUAGCUCCGCCCCUCUUUGCUCCUCCCACUUUUAUCCAACUGACUGUGAAGGGUCUCAUCCGUGUAAAUUAGGAAACAAGUCAAAUGCUGCAGGUUCUAUGGUGAGGAAUGGAAGAAGGGAAAGAAACACUUAAUUGUAUAAAAAUGAACCUUAAUAAUGAUUAAGUUACACUUUUUAUUUUUUAUUUUAAACUUUUGCUUUUUGUCUGACCCUGUCUGCUUUUACAAAUCUGUGCCAUGUUAAUUUUUUUAAAGAAACUUUUUUAUUGUGUUAAUGGGGGUUUUUUUUUGGUUUGUUUGUUUAUUUGUAAUUUUUUUUUUUUUCCUCAAAAAAAGUUUUCUUUCAUUGCCUUAUUUGAGUUCAAUUCUGCCUUCAUUUUCACAAAAGAAAACACUCACUGGAGUCACGUCAGUUGGUAGAGGGCCAAUAUCAAGUACAAGGUGACACUGGUCCCACACUGUACUGGGGUCAGUGAGGUGCAGUCCAUCCCUGCAGGAGACGGGGCAGACUGCACUGUACUGGGGUCAGUGAGGUGCAGUCUGUCCCUGCAGGAGGGGAGCAGACUGCACUGUACUGGGGUCAGUGAGGUGCAGUCCAUCCCUGCAGGAGACGGGGCAGACUGCACUGUACUGGGGUCAGUGAGGUGCAGUCUGUCCCUGCAGGAGGGGAGCAGACUGCACUGUACUGGGGUCAGUGAGGUGCAGUCCAUCCCUGCAGGAGACGGGGCAGACUGCACUGUACUGGGGUCAGUGAGGUGCAGUCUGUCCCUGCAGGAGGGGAGCAGACUGUGCUGUACAGGAAUCAGUUAGAUGCAUUCUGUCUGUGCGGGAGGGGGGGCUGGGGUGUUUCCUCACACUAACCCAGGAGGUUUUGUUGCAGAAAGUGCACCCCCCCUCCCCACCUUUGCCUACACUACCUUGCAUUACUCUGUCCCGGCCAGCACAGGUGGGCCCAGCCACGUGUUUUAACAGUGGUGCUCUGAGACAUCUCUGUGACUACGGCACAGCCUCUCUCCUCCUCUGUGUUCUCCCCACAGCCUCUCUGCUCCUCUGUGUUCUCCCCACAGCCUCUCUGCUCCUCUGUGUUCUCCCCACAGCCUCUCUCCUCCUCUGUGUUCUC